AUGGCAUACUCUGGAAACGGAGGCUAUGAUGAGCACAAGCUCCAGGACCUUCCACCUGGAGGGGGUAACUACCAUCAUCCUCAAGAUGAAGAGGAAGGUGCUUUGCCUUUACUCGAUUCUGGAGGACACGGCGGCCCGUUCAAUAGCCCUUAUGACUCUCACUCUCAAGGAGGUCUUCGAGCGAACACUCCUCCCGUUAGACCUGUUUCUGCCUACAGUCUUACAGAAACGUAUGCGAACGAUCCACAACCAUACAGCAGCGAUUACAAUUCAUCCCACACAUACAAUGAGCAAUUAGAAGAUAACCCAUACCCACGAACCGAAACCCCUUUGUCACGAGCUGAGACGACCUCCACAGAGGCAUGGAGACAACGACAAGCCCCUCAAGCUGGAGGCCUCAAACGUUAUGCUACAAGAAAAGUGAAGCUUGUACAAGGAAGCGUUUUGAGUGUUGAUCAUCCAGUACCCAGUGCUAUCAAAAAUGCCAUUCAGCAAAAAUACAGAAACGAUUUGGAAGGUGGCAGCGAGGAAUUCACACAUAUGCGUUACACCGCUGCAACUUGCGAUCCCGAUGAGUUUACUUUGAAAAAUGGUUACAAUCUGAGACCUGCCAUGUACAAUCGUCAUACUGAGUUGCUCAUCGCCGUUACCUAUUACAACGAAGAUAAACAGUUGACUGCACGUACUCUUCACGGUGUCAUGCAAAAUAUCCGCGAUAUUGUCAACCUCAAAAAAUCUGAUUUCUGGAAUGUUGGUGGACCAGCAUGGCAAAAAAUUGUUGUCUGCCUUGUUUUCGAUGGUAUCGACCCUUGCGACAAAGAUACACUUGAUGUUCUUGCUACUAUUGGUAUUUACCAAGAUGGUGUCAUGAAGAAAGAUGUCGAUGGAAAGGAGACCGUUGCUCAUGUUUUCGAAUAUACAACACAACUGUCGGUCACGGCUAGUCAACAACUUAUCCGCCCAACCGAGGGUGACGCCAACUGCCUUCCUCCGGUACAAAUGAUGUUUUGCUUGAAAGCAAAGAACACAAAGAAGAUCAACUCCCAUAGAUGGUUGUUCAAUGCGUUUGGUCGUCUUCUUAACCCGGAAGUCUGCAUCCUUUUGGAUGCCGGUACCAAGCCAGGACCUAAAUCACUUUUGUCUUUGUGGGAAGGGUUCUACAACGACAAAGAUCUAGGAGGUGCUUGCGGAGAGAUACACGCUAUGCUCGGGAAAGGGGGCAAAAAGCUUCUCAACCCGCUUGUUGCGGGUCAAAACUUCGAGUACAAGAUCAGUAAUAUUCUUGACAAGCCUCUAGAGAGUUCUUUCGGAUACGUCAGUGUGUUGCCGGGAGCUUUCUCUGCAUAUCGAUUCCGAGCUAUCAUGGGACGACCUCUUGAACAAUACUUCCACGGAGAUCACACUUUGUCCAAGAUUCUUGGAAAGAAGGGUAUUGAGGGAAUGAACAUUUUCAAGAAGAACAUGUUCUUGGCUGAGGACAGAAUUCUCUGUUUCGAGCUUGUAGCCAAGGCUGGUAGCAAGUGGCAUUUGACUUAUAUCAAGGCAGCUAAAGGAGAAACUGAUGUACCCGAAGGAGCUGCCGAAUUUAUCGGUCAACGUAGAAGAUGGCUUAACGGUUCUUUUGCAGCAGGAAUGUAUUCCAUCAUGCAUUUCGGCAGAAUGUACAAGAGUGGACACAAUAUUGUCCGCAUGUUCUUCUUGCAUAUUCAAUUCUUAUACAACGUCUUCUCCAACAUUCUCAGUUGGUUCAUGUUAUCUUCUUUCUGGCUCACAACUACUGUUAUUAUGGAUCUCGUCGGUACCCCUACCGCCGCUUCGGACACUACUGCCCUUCACCAUGGCUGGCCUUUCGGUGAUACUGCUACCCCCAUCGUCAACACGAUUCUGAAAUAUCUCUACCUGGGAUUCCUACUCGUUCAAUUCAUUCUGGCUCUUGGUAAUCGACCUAAAGGAUCUAAGGUUACUUAUAUCGUAUCCUUUAUCGUCUUUGGUGUUAUCAAUCUCUAUGUUCUUGUCCUAUCCAUGUAUCUGGUCGUUCGUGCUUUCUCGUCAGGAGAAAGUCUUGAUACUAGUAACGCGAAAGAUUUCUUUGAGAGUUUCUUCGGAAGUAGUUCGAGUUCCGGAGCUGGUAUCAUUAUUCUCGCUUUAGCUGCUACAUUUGGAUUGUACUUCGUUGCAUCCUUCAUGUAUAUGGAUCCAUGGCACAUGUUUCAUUCCUUCGGGCCAUACUUGUUACUCAUGUCAUCUUAUAUCAACAUUCUCAUGGUAUACGCUUUCAGUAAUUGGCACGAUGUUUCUUGGGGUACCAAGGGAUCUGAUAAGGCAGAGGCUCUUCCGUCAGCUAAAACUACGAAGGUUGAUGGUAAAGCAGCAGUUAUUGAAGAAAUUGACAGACCGCAAGAGGAUAUUGAUAGUCAGUUUGAGGCAACCGUCAAGCGUGCUCUUAAGCCAUUCGUUCCUGAAGUUGAAGAUGAGAGCAAGACCUUGGAGGAUUCUUACAAAUCUUUCAGAACCAAGCUUUUGAUCUCUUGGGUAUUCUCAAACGCUUUGUUGGCUGUUGCUAUCACGAGUGACAGUGUUGAUAGAUUUGGUUUCGGAAAUACUGCAUCAAUUAGAACUGCCAAGUUCUUCGAAGUCCUGCUUUACUCAACGGCUUUCUUGGCGCUUGUUCGUUUCCUCGGGUGUUCUUACUUCUUGUUCAAGUCUGGUAUCAUGUGCUGCUUCAUGAGACGCUAG